UUUUAUUUCGCGUAUUCCGCGACUAAGACAAUUGGAGGGUCGAAAUGUCAGAAAUUCGAUGGGAAUCAACGAAUGUGUGUAAUGUCAGUUACAAGUGACGUAUUAGCGCUUCCCGCGGCGCGUUCUUCACGCGAAACGAUGCCAAGAGGAUAAAUUAUGCCUCGAAAAGAGAACACCAAAGCGAAAACAUGGGAGCGAGACAGAAGAAAACGUAUGAACGCUUACUUCAAAACUCUGGCAGACCUUCUGCCGCCGCAUCAGGAGGGUCGCAAACGCAACAAGGUCGACAUCCUGAUUCACGCAUCGAAGUACAUCAAAGACCUCCAUAGCCGUACAGAGGAAUUAUUUUCUGCUCAUGCAUCAGAAGCACAUAAAGAAGAAUUGGCUCGUCUCAAAAAACUUGUAACUCAGCUUUUCUCUCGUACACAAUUAUUGUCUACUCUUUUACGAGAAGCUGGUAUAUCUGUUCCAGCAGAGCCAGCUCUUGAAAAGAUAUCUCCUUUAAAAUGGUCGAAUAAAAUUAAUGUAGAAGAUGCAGAAAAAUAUUUCAAUAAAAUAGAAGAAAUAAAAAAUUCUGAAAGUAAGAGGGAAAAAUCUGUAGAACUGAAAGUGCCUUCUAAAAGAAAAUCAGUUACUUCUUCUCAUUCAUCUAACAAAAAAAUUGAAAAUAGCGAUAUUUCUAAGGAUGUGAAUAAUUCCAUAGAGAAUCAAGAGAAUCAAGUAAAUUGUGUAAAUAACAAUGAUGAUAUCUCAGAUGCUUAUCCUGUAUCAGAUAUAUUAGAUACAGGAUCUAAAACAACAGAAUGUUGCCAAACAAAUACAGGUUCUGAUACAGCAGUUAGUUCUUCAAUAAAUGGAAAGACUAAUAAUGCAUUAGAAAAAGUAGAAUCUCAAAAAAAGAUAAAAAGAAAAACAAAGAAGAAACAGGAGAAAAAAUCACUGACACCGUGUAUAAAUAAUUCCGUAACUAGUCUGACCCCAAAUACCCUUAUAUUAUCUGGUGGUAAGUUAAUGCCUUUGGUAACUCCAAUGACGUCGAAUAUAAUUGUAAAUACUCAGCAACAAGCAGCGAAUCCCAUAAUACUCGGUAAUGGUCAACAGAAUCAAAUGAUCGUGAUGCAAUCUUUGACAAAUCGUGUGCAGAAUCCAGUUGUCUCCAUUUGCAAUCAAGCUGUAAUUAAUACAGUUCAAAAAGUUACGCUCAAUACGGUCCCUAGUAUUCGUGCGAAUAUGGUAGUUGAUUCGCAAAAUUGGGCAUCUAAUGUAAAGAAUAUAAUCAAUGCUACAAAGAUCGGCGGUCACAAAGGCAUUCUGCCUAAGGGUAAGGAAGUUACAAAGACAACGAUGACAUAUAAAGUUCCUAUUCCGGCGGUUCACAAGGAAAAAGCAGAAAAAUCUAAAGAAAAUAAUUCUAAGAAAGAUACAGAAAUUAAAUCGAAGAUCAAUAAGAAUCAUACAAAAAAUUCUAAAAACCAACAAUCUACAGAUACUGUUGAAGACAAAAAUGAUAAAGAAAAAAGUAUUAAAACCGUUGAAGAUACAAAUUUUGCACAAAAAAUUAAACGAUCCUCAAAUACAGAAACAGGAUCUAUAGAUGAACCUAUUGAUAAAAAACGAAAAAGAAAUGAAAAUAAUGAACAAAGUCCAGUGAUUCUGAAUUCAGUACCUGUAUCAAAAUCAGACUUUACUGUAACCUGUAAAUCUAUCGAAAGCUUAAAGCAUGUAAUAGAAAAGAUAGGAGAGGACACAAAUGAAGAACAGGAUAAAAUACAUUCUUUGAUUCAAUCAGAAGAAAAUAGAGAAACGAAUGUACAAUGUUCUGUUUUACUAAAUACUACUAAUACUAAUCAAGAAGAUGUUUCUAAUUCUUCAAAACCAAUAGAUGUCAUGACAUCGAAUAAUAUUCAAUGUGAAGCAAAAGAAAGUCAAAACGCGUCAGAUACAUCAUCUAUUACUUUCCCAGAAGAACAAGUAAAAUCUUCUAAUGAAAAUAUCUUAGAUUCUUCUGAUACUAAUUUCAACAUUCCUAUUGAGAAUACACUAGAAAAAUCAAGUAACUGCAUAGAUCAUUCUAAUUCUAAUUCUAAAUCAUCUUUAAUAGAAGGAGAAGAGAUUGAAAAUUCUGUAGAAUCUAAAAAAAUGAAAGAAGUUUGUAAUCUUGAUACAGAAUUCGACAAUCUUUUACAGAAUUCAGUGACAUCAAAAGAGCCAGAAGUUGUUGAAGGGACAAGUAACUUAGAAAGUAAUAAGAUUAUUCUAAAUUUAGAUACAAAUACUACAACAACUUUAAAACCAGAAACAAAUACUGUAAUUCAAAAUUCAGACAUCACAACAGCGUCAUCGUCAUUACUCCCAGUUAACAUAGAAGACGAAUCUAAAUUAGCAAAGGCAUCAAAGGAGGAAGUAUCAAAAACGUCACUCUCAUAUAAUACAGAAAAUUCUUUUGUACCAAUUAGCAGCAGAGCUGAUGGUCUUCAUUCUGAUCUUUCAAAUGAUAUAUUUGCAUCUCUUCAAGUUCCUUCUAGUUCACAUAAUCCAGAAUCUAUAUCUCCUACAGCAGCAUUCUUAAUGGCUUUUCCAUUAGUAUCUUCACUAAAUGGUAAGACAGAAGUUUUGGAGGAAGAAAUAAAAGAAGAUUUUAAAUACCAUAGUCAAACUCCACCCAUGCUUCUACAGAUUGGAGCAAUGGAACCUAAUAGUUUCAAGUUCAAGACAGCAUCUCCUCCUCAUUCUAUCGCUGAAAAACGUUUAAAAAUGACGUGUGAGGAAAAGAAAGCGGUAAAUACUUCUGUAAACGAAACAGAAACCUCAAAUAUGAUGGUCUCUGCAGAAUGUACUACAGUCACGAAAGUAUUGCCCAAAAUUAUAAACGACGAACAUCUCAAAGAACCUUAUAAGAUUGUUCAAGGUGUGUUGGCACCAUCUUUAGAAAAAUCUGCAUCUUCUAGCUCUUAUUCGCAUACGACUUUAUAUUCCAUUUCAAAUGCUUCGGGUACUACUUCAAUUACUAGUACUUCAGAAAUGGGAGAAAAUUGUCAGAGUCAGCUUCCAACAAAUCUAAGAAAUGCAAUUACAAAUACUACUAACGAAAAUAUUGCUGCUUCUCAAAUUACAGAUACAGUUUCAAUUUCAAAUAAGACAGAUUCAAAUUGUUCUGUACAGACUUCAACUUGUGACACUAAUGUUCGAUAUAGUACUUCACAGGACUUUUUAUCGAGUUACUCAACAAUCGUCGAGAAUAAUAUCACCAAUCUGCAACAGAAUCCAAAUGUUUGUACUAGUUCAGCAAUUCAAGAAACAAAUUCAUCUGGAUUAAAUCAAAAUAUCGUUCCUGAUGUAACCCAAGCAUCUUUGGUUUCUCAUUUGACUAAUACUAAUACAACUACAAAUACUACAUCAUUACCAUUACAGAAUAUGCAAAUAGAUUAUACUCAGAUGAAAGAAAAAGAAUCUCAUAAUUCUCGUCAGACUUACGGGAUUCACAGCAAGGAUUCUCUAAUGGAAUCUAACAUUACUUCUAAUAAUCGUCUGAAUUAUACUGGCCAUAUGGAUAGAGUUCUUCCCACUUCUCAAAGUAUUCAGCAGGAGUAUCCAAUGCAAUCUAAAGAUGCAACUCUACCAAUUCUCUCUUCUCAAGGCAUGCAAACUGUCUAUGAGUCACAACCCAAAGAUAGUCAUGUUUUAACUACUCAACAGAAUGCUCACCAAAGUUUCACUAUUAAUGAAAAAGACCAUAUUAUUCAGAAUACUCAUAGUGAUUAUACUGUGGAUCAAAAUAAAAAUCUAUCUCGAAAGGAUUCAUAUUCAACAACCAGUAAUAACACAAAUACGCCCAACAGAAAUCAGAAUUAUCCUUCAAAAGAUUUAAUAUCAAAUUCUGAAAAUCAUUAUCAACGUAGUUAUUCAAAGAUAAAUAAAGACUCUGAUUCUUCAAAUAAUAAUGUUGUGGAUCAAGAUUCAAAGUUAAAUAAUAUUUUGAGAUCAAAAACUCAAGAACCACAAGAUCAUAGACGUGAUAAUAAUUAUAAUUCUGCAAAGAAAAUGGAUGUUGAUCCAUUCGUUCAAACGUUUUCCUAUAAUGUAAAAGAAUCCAUGACUAAUCAAGAACAAAAUGUUCUAAAUCAAAAUACUGAUAAUAUUUAUCAAAAUAAAAGAGAAGAGACACAAAAUUAUCCUACUUAUUCUAACAAAGAUACAAAGAAAAUCAAUACUAGUUCUUCCAAUAAUAUGAAUAAUAAAUCUCUCGUUCAGAAUACUCCUGCUACGCGUUAUUCACAACCAACAUCUUUCGUGGCUACAUCCAACUAUGAGCAAAGUACGGUUACUGAAAACCAUGCGAAGUCGACGACUACUGUUGCUCAUAAUUCUUCAAAUUUCAGUAUUUUGUCUUGGACAACUUUUUCCCCUGUUGGUGGAGGAAAUAACAAUAAUUUAGUACAAUUUGAACAGGGAUCAAGCCAGACAGAUAAUACUGAAGCAAAAACAAUAUGUGAAAAUUAUAAUUAUGUUCCCCUUCAUAAAGAAAAUACAAAUUUUUCCAAUGUAUUGACCAAUGAUGUUUAUUCGGUGAAUUCUACUAUGGCUAAUAUAGAUAAAUCAAGAAUGAAAUCGGGAAUGGAAGCACAGAAACAAUCUUUCGUGGAUUCUUCUAAAACUAGAAAUAUUCAAACUAAUAUUCCUCCAUCUGGUAAACAGACUCGUAUGCAAAAUCAGUCUUCUUCCAAUAAUGAUUACAACAAGUAUAGUACAGAAAAUAAAAACAAAUCUAAAUAUGCAAUGGAAUCUGAGUAUAUUCAAAAUGAAUAUUCAAAUGUAGAACAGCAGCAGUCACAACAACAUGCACAAAAAAAUCAUCAAUCUAUGACAACAAAACAGGACAAAGCAAUUUAUCCAAUGUCUAAUUAUGAUUCUCAAGUAAAUUUUGAUUUACCUGAAGUUAGUUCUCAAAUGAAGUAUCCUGUUGAAACUUAUGCAAGCUCGAAUUUUAAAUAUUCAGACAAAUCUCAACAACAAAAUCAAAAUAAGUACCAACCUCUAAUCCAAGGACAAAUUCCUUCUCUUCAACAUGAUAAUGUUACUUAUAACAAUGAUGGGAAGCAUAGUCAACAACAGAAUACAAAAUCAAAAGGAAAUCAGCAACAGCAUGCAAUUAGAGCACCUGUAAAUUGGAUGAUGACUCCAGAAAUAAAGCACAAUGCCAAUAUUACCGACAUUAUUUUACCACCUAUUGGAAAAGAAUUGGAUUUCUGCCAAAAUAAUCUAUUUACUCAAACGCCAUCUUACAAUCAGGGGACACCGAAUCAAUUUUAUAACAAUUAUGAUGUUGCAGCUCAUGGUUUUCCAAAUUUACCGGUUCUACAAAGUGAACCAAAAAGGAGUUCAGAAGUAUUCUAUUCUGAGGAACAACCAUUUCCUUGGUCUCCUACAAAAUCAAGUGUGCAUGUUGAACAGGCCCAACCAGUCAAAACUAUAGAUCAGCACAUUGUUCCUUCAAGUCUUCCAACUUUGGUCGGUGAUCUUGAUUUAGGUACUAAUAUAUCCGAGAAACAGAACUUUUUAUUUGGUCAAGUAACUUCGAGAAUUUCAUCUGAUCAAAAUAAAGAUCCUACCAAAGAUAAAGAUGGAAAUGUUACAGGACGUGAUUAUCAUACUGUGUUGAAUAAUCAAGCUGUUCAACAUCCAGUAGCAGGAUCUUCUUUUCUUUCUGUGAGUCAAUUGGUAGAACAUGAAAAAGCUGAGAAAUCACAUCAACAGCAUCAUCAACAGCAUCAUCACCACCACCACCAUCAUCAUCAUCAUCAUACUCAUCAGCAACAACAGCAGCAACAACAACAGCAACAACAACAGGCUAGAAAACAUCAGAGGAAAAGUAAUACAAGUCCUAGAGGUAAUAGUAAAAGGCAGAUGGAUAUUCGAAAACAAACAUCUGGUAAUGAUCAAAUGCAUCAAAGACACGAGGAACAAAAAUCGUCUGGACACACUUUCUCUGAACAAGGAUAUCAGCAACAACAGCAACAACAACAGCAGCAGCAGCAGCAGCAGCAACAACAACAACAAAAAUACCAACAAAAUAAUGUUCAUUGGAGAAGCAGAAAUUGUAAGAGCAAUUACACUGCUGAAGCAUUGAUAGGAACUAAUAAUAGUGUGCAUGAUACAAAUCAAGAUAAACAUGCUUCGAUCAAGUUUACGAAUUAUUCGCAGAAUAAAUUUCAAACAAGUCUACCUACUGCAGAUGCAGUUAUGCCUCUUAAUUAUUUUUCAAAUACCGACGACGGCAGUGGUUACGGACAAAUGGUGAAUCAGAACUUUAAUUCAUAUACAUAUUCUUCUAAUACUAAUAUUUAUCCUACUUCGAAUUUUAUAACCAGUAUAUCAAAUACACCUACCAGUUACAUGAUGCCAUUACACGAUAAUACUGACUAUAUGGAAGCAAAUGCUUUCCUUCUAUCAAAUGUAACAAUUGCCUCGACAGUUACCACUUCAUCAACUUCUACCGUGACCACCUCGACUUCAAAUGUGAAUACGAACACGAAGAAUCAUCAACACUAUGGAAAACAUCAAAAUUGCGAUAAAAGAUCGUAUCCUACGAAUGCAAAGAAAGGAAAAAGAAAAGGUCUCGAUGGAACUAUGCAGAAUUUAGAAUUUCCUCUUUCUGGUAUCAAUUCACCCCUAGAAGAUUAUCAUCACUCUACUACAUUCUUACCACCACCACCACCACCACAUGCUAGCCCUCUUUAUCAGAAUCACUCACAGGCAAAUGUAUAUACUAAAGCAGUAAAUGGUUUACCGCCUCCUCCGUCGGUAUCUGGUCCUCAAGGUGUACCUACGGCUGGUUUUCCAAUGAAUCCAAACAUGCCAAGGGGAGGAAUUGUGGCAAGCAAUCACAUGACUAUGAGCCAUCAUCCUUCUGGUACAAGUCUUACUAACUUCAAUUUGAGUACCAUUUUUCCAGAAAUGAAUGACAAAAUUACUGGAUACAAACCACCAAAUGGUAUACCCCCUGGUUUAUCACAACCACCUAAUCAAUCUGCAGCUUAUGCACAAAGGACCAACUAUCCAACAAAUCCUCUUUGCCAUCUGCCACAGGUAUCAGAAGGAAGUCAAUUUGGUAAUAGUGUUCCUCCUCCUCCUCCUCCUCCACCUCCUCCUGGAGUAAUACAUUACAAGAAUGUAUAAUAAUGUAAGUAUGAAUGAAGAACCAAUUGAUAGUUGUAAAUAUGUAAAUAAUCAUGUAAUUAAUUAAAUUAAAAAAAAUUGAUAUAU